AUGAGAAAAGAGGGAGUGCUGCUAAAGGUGCUUUGCGGGCUAGCCACCCUGUGGGUCCUGCUGACUGGAUAUAAAGUACUGCGAAGAGCAUUCAUGCCCAAAAGAGGAAAAGAGGUGCUCAAAGCAUCGGGGCCAAGAGAUGGCUCGCAAGAUGCUUUCUACGAAAUGCCAAAAACAAAAGAAGAAAGACGCGCAGAGCUGGGCAGGGGUACAUGGGCCCUCAUCCACACAAUUGCUGCGAAGUAUCCUCCGUAUGCGAGCCGAGAACACCAGUCAAAUUUGAUUAAAUUUAUUGAUCUAUUAACAAAACUGUUUCCCUGCGAAGAGUGCAGAGGACACUUCAAGAGCUUGGUGGACAGCUUUCCCCCCAAGGUCUCCUCCCGCGAAGAGUUUGGGCUGUGGACAUGCCAGGCGCACAAUAUAGUCAAUAAGCGGCUGGGAAAAAGAGAGUUUGACUGCACAAGGCUGGACGACCGGUGGGACUGCGGGUGCAAAUAA